AUUCCACAACACCUGUCCAACUCUCUCAGAUGGGACGGCAGGGAUGCCCAUUUGCUCAUUUAUCACAUCUGAUUUACAGCAGAUCACCAAUCUUGCUGAUUGCUGCAGUCAUUUUAGGGCACAAUAUUAUCUUUCUGCCUGAGUUCUCCUCUGAUAGCAGCCAGGAGGGACCAGAUAGUAUCUGGCGUGUCCUGUCCAGGGCACGGGUGGCACAAUCCCUCCUGGCACAAGAGCUUGCUGGGAUGUGGCCAGUUGACAUAGAGGCUUCACUCAGAACCAUUCUAACUUAGCCAGGCAAAUAUUUUUCCAGGCUUGUGAGCAGAGCGGCGUUAACACUAUUCAGACCCCAGUGUUUGAGACUGAAUGAGUGAAGGGUGAUUAAAUAGGUUUUUUGUUUGAAUGAGCCAAAGGGGAAGAGGGCAGCAAAAAACAAUUUACCUCAUAACUGGAGACAGAUCAGCGGCUGACAUAAGGUUUAUGGAUGGGCCAUAAAUACAGGGCCAAAGUAGAACAUGCAGCAGAUCCGCUAUCAACUCCAGCUGCUUCGCUGAGAUACUAUGGACAUUUCUAUUUAUCAUCCCUGGUACCGCCGACCCUUGUUCCCAGGCUUCUUCCCUUCUUCCCAUCGAACUUAUGACCAGUAUUUCGGAGAGCGCCUACCUGUCAGCGACCUAUUUUCACCUUUCUACACCAUGCUUUACUAUCGUCCUUAUUUCUGGCGCUUUCCAAACUGGUGGGAGAGUGGCAUGUCAGACGUGAGAAUGGACAGAGAUCGCUUUGUAAUCAGCCUGGAUGUGAAGCACUUCUCUCCAGACGAACUGACUGACAAGCUCAAUGAUGAUUUUAUUGAGAUUCAUGGGAAACACGAUGAACGGCAGGGCACCAUUAAGAUCCCAGCCGGUCCCAUCUGCAUAUAUCGCCACGUGCAGGAGGACAUCAGCUGUGAAGAGAAGCCACCAGCACAGAAGUAA